AUGGCUUCUGCAGAGAAUGGCAAUGGUGCGGAGAAGGAAGAGAAUGCAGAAGUAGGCCGUAAUGAUAACGGAAGCAAGCAGGAUGAUGAUGAGGAAGCAAGCCGUAAUGAAAAGAAGGAAGAAAUUAUCAAUGAUAUCAUAGCAAGCAACUCGAUUGAUAUACCAGUAGACGAAAACCAGAUGGCAUUCGCAAAGGAAAAGGUUAUUCAGGAAGAACAAUUUUCAUGGAUGAACAUGGACAGAUACCUGCAUCAAAAAUACAGCACAGUUUCUGAGCUUGUGAGGAUAAUUCUGGAAAUAACAAUAGUUACGAUACUGCUUAUGGGAUUUCCUGUUGGGUUUACGCUGAUAAUGAAUGGAUGGGAUGUGAUGCCGGUUAUGCUUGAAGUGGUCAACGCAUCGGGAGAAGGGAAUGUGUAUAUGUUCAUGAGAUUCAAUUUCCUUGCACUUGUGUGCUAUGUGAUAUUUGUAAGUGUAUCUGCGUUUGCAAAUAAUAUUCUGUAUAUAAUGGCUGACUUUCUGAAGUUCAUUAAUGUUGAACCUAGCGAGACAGUUAUAGAGGUAGUGCAGAUAAUCAACUCGACAUCCUGGUGCUGGAAGCAGUCGUUGACUGCGCUCUUCGUGUUUUUAGCGAUGUCGUAUUUUUCUCCGACAUACAAGUUCAAGGGGAGUGAAAAGACCUACUGGUACAUUUUUAUUACGUCGAUGCUUAUGUAUUCAAUCUUCAUAACGAUAAUCCUGGUUGAGAAGGCAAUAAUGUGCUUUUUUAUUUCUGAGAUCCGAAUGAAAGAGUAUAGAAACAGGAUAUGGGAGAUCAACUACAAGACGUUUGUUUUCAAGAAGCUUGCAGCAAUAUCAGAGGCUAGCCCAGGCGAUAGAAAGGUGUUAAUUGAAGAAAUGCGGCCGGACAUUGACCAUGGGUUCUAUCUUAAAUACAAUGACCUGAAGCUGAAUUCCGUGGAAGCAGCAGAGAUGGUUGCAAAGUCUAUAUUUGGGUUUCUAGAGAUUCACGAGCUUCGAUAUGAAAAUCUACAAACGUUUUUUCUGGAAAACUUUGACGAGGUUUAUCUAUACCUGUCAGACAGGCCGGAGGUUCUUGAAGUAGACAAUCCACCAAUUGUGUUUGAGGAUCUUCGAUCUAGAGCAGAGGCACUUUAUUAUGAAAGAUUAAACAUCUCGAAGACUCUCCAGUCAAAGGACAAUGUGAUCAACAAGCUUGACAUGAUACUUGCGUUUAUAGCAGGAUAUAUUGGUACAAUCACCGUGAUGAUGAUUCUAGGGAUAAACUAUACUGAGCUGCUUGCAGCAAUAGUGCCCUCACUAAUGGCAUUCAGCUGGAUCUUUUCUGACAAUAUCAAGGAUAUAUACAACUGUUUUGUGUUUCUACUUGUGAGCCACCCGUACGACUUUGGAGAUUGGGUGGUGAUUGAUGGGCAAGAUUUGCGUGUGUCAUCUGUUGAUUUGAUGUCAUCGACGUUUAUUGCAGCGAAUGGAAGGUUGGUAUAUAUACCCACAACGAUUCUAUUCCAUACAAAGAUACACAACAUAAGAAGAUCAGGCAAACAGUUCGAUGAAGUCACAAUUAUUGUUGAUAAGGCAACGCCGUUUGAGAAGGCACAGAGCCUGAGAGACAGUGUUGGGAAGUUGCUUUCAGAAAACAGCAAGUCAUUCUCUGGAGAAAUAUACAUCAAGAAAAUUGAGGUUAUUAUGGAGAAUGCUAAAAUCACAUUUGCAAUACAACACCAGUCAAACUUCCAGGAUGUUAAGAAGACACAGGAUAAGCGUGAGGAGCUGAUCACCAUAUUUGAGAGCGAGAUGAAAGCACACGGGAUCAAUCACUUCAAUUCGUAUAUAUUUACCUAG